CCUUAUCUGCCUUUCCCCCUGACUGUCAAGUACUUCCUGCCGCGCACGCGUGUUAUUACUUCCCGGCAACAUGGCGGAUUCUGAGGUGCUUGGCUUCCAGCACAUGGGACUGGACCAAAGGCUCUUGCAGGCCAUCGCAGAGCAGGGUUGGGCCCGACCCACGCUUAUCCAAGAGAAGGCAAUUCCACUGGCUUUGGAGGGGAAGGACCUCUUGGCCCGGGCUCGGACCGGUUCAGGGAAGACCGCCGCUUAUGCCAUCCCGCUCCUGCAGCAUCUGCUUCAUAGGAAGGCGACAGGACCAGUUGUGGAACAGGCUAUUCGAGGCCUUGUUCUUGUACCCACCAAGGAGUUGGCACGACAGGCACAGACCAUGAUCCGUCAGCUGACAGCAUAUUGUUCCCGGGAUGUUCGUGUGGUUGAUGUGUCAGCUUCAGAGGACUUUGCUUUUCAAAGACCCUUGCUUAUGGAGAAGCCAGAUGUGGUAGUAGGCACACCAUCACGGGUGCUAAGUCAUCUGCUGCAAGGCAACUUGAAUUUGCGUGACUCUUUGGAGCUGCUUGUAAUGGAUGAGGCCGACUUGCUUUUUUCCUUUGGCUUUGAAGAAGAGCUUAAGACCCUUCUUUGUCACUUGCCCCGGAUAUACCAGGCCUUCCUCAUGUCUGCUACUUUUAAUGAAGAUGUACAGGCCCUUAAGGAGCUUGUGCUGCAUAACCCGGUAACGCUGAAGUUGCAAGAAUCUCAGCUUCCAGGACCAGAUCAGCUGCAGCAGUUUCAAGUUGUUUGUGAGACCGAGGAGGACAAAUUCCUUUUACUCUAUGCUCUGCUAAAACUGUCUUUAUUGCGGGGCAAAUCACUACUCUUUGUUAACACUUUAGAACGUGGUUACCGCCUUCGACUUUUCCUGGAGCAGUUCAGCAUUCCUGCCUGUGUGCUCAAUGGAGAACUGCCUCUUCGUUCCAGGUGCCACAUCAUCUCACAAUUCAACCAAGGCUUCUACGAUUGUGUUAUUGCAACUGAUGAGGAAGUGCUAGGGGCCCCUUUUAAAGGCAAGCGUCGGGGCCAAGGAUCCAAAGGAGAGAGGGCCUCUGAUACAGAAUCUGGUGUGGCACGUGGCAUUGACUUCCACAAUGUGACAGCUGUGCUUAAUUUUGAUCUCCCACCUUCCCCUGAGGCCUAUAUUCAUCGAGCUGGCAGAACUGCACGUGCUAACAACCCAGGAACAGCCCUGACAUUUGUACUGCCCACAGAACGUCCCCAGCUCAAAGAAAUUGAAGAGGCCCUUGGUGGAGAAAGUGCAGAAUCCAUGUUUCUUCCCUACCAAUUUCGAAUGGAGGAGAUUGAGGGUUUCCGAUACCGUUGUCGGGAUGCCAUGCGUUCUGUGACUAAACAAGCCAUUCGGGAAGCAAGACUGAAGGAGAUUAAAGAGGAGCUUCUGCACUCAGAGAAGCUCAAGACCUACUUUGAGGACAACCCUAGAGAUUUACAGCUCUUACGACAUGAUCGGCCCCUGCACCCUGCAGUAGUGAAGCCCCAUCUUGGCCAUGUUCCUGACUACUUGGUCCCCCCUACACUUCGUGGCAUUGCCCGCCCUCACAGCAAGCGGAAACGGAACAGACCCUUCACCUCCCUCAGGAAAUUAAAGACCCCAAGGACACAGAACCCUCUGCGAAACUUCAAGUAUACCAGAAAGAAGCCAAGGACCUCAGCCCCUUCAGCUAAGCACUCCUGAUGUUGCUCCUCUUCUCUGGGACUGAGUGUCACACGAUCUUCCUUUCCUUUGGGAGCUAGCCAAUUACUUGUUUGUUCCCCUCUGGAGCACUGGCCUGUUAGCCCUGUGCUGUGGAGUGACUGUUGGAUUUGGUAUGGGAUCUAUUUAAGAGAUUGGACUCCCAGAGGCCAGAAGGAAAUUAUCAGCCUAUCUCUAGUGUUGGCCUCACCCCUUGUUGAGAUGGAAGAUUCUGCCCCCCUGCCAGCAGGGGUCGCCAUGCAUAGGCUCACAGGCAGCUGGAAGAAACCUUUGAGAGAUAAUAUAGUCCAACUCCUGUGACCAAAGGGACACUGAUAAGUGGACUGAAAUACAUCUUUAUUCUUCAUACUCAAGGUGCUGCAUUGAUUCCUACUCAUCUGUUAGUAAGACUGACCUUGAUUUACCAGACUUCCCUCCACCCUCACACUCUCACACACUUAGAGCCCCUAGACCCAUAUUGCAAACCUAUGACACGUGCCAGAGAGGCUGCUCCCCUCCCCUCUCCGUGCCUUCCUGAGGACAUUUCUCGCAUGAACUGCCCCUCUGCCUAGUAGCCCAUUGGGAGCAUUUCCUUACUCCCCUAUCUGGGGUAAAGCAGUGGGCUCACAUGUGGCAUAAGGGUGCAGUUUGGACACUUGGUCUCUAAAAGGUUAGCCAUCACUGCCCUAGACCCAUUGCCCAAGGUUGGCUUCCAUUGUAAUCAUCAAGGCUAUGGGUCUGGAGCCAUGAUCUAGGUUUACACAUAUUUCUUUCCCUCUAGUUUUUACUCACAAUACCUUGGUUAGGAAGCUGGUUUCCAAGAGCUGUGAUUUAUCUCUUCCUAUCAUUCAAGAUUUCCAUUUCCUGCCUUUUGUUGUCCACUGGGAAAUUUCUGCUGGCACCUGAGACAUCACCUUUUCAUGCUUAUUUGAGCUUUUUCUUACUCAUUCAUGAGGAAAAAGUGAAAAUAGAGAGGUAGAUUUGGAGUUAGGACCUCAGCUCAAAUCCUAGCUCAGCUGUUUUAUAAAUGCCUUGGGCAAGUCAUUUCUGGUCUUAGUUUCCUUUUCUCUAAAAAUAUUUUGUGUUGGACCAGAUGGUCUCUAAGGUCCCUUCUAUCUUUGUGGGACAUUAUUUUCAUAGUAGGAAAAAGGUCCCCUGGUUGUGCUCCUGGUGACUAAGCUUCCUAAUUUCCCUUCUUUUACAAGUUUUGGAUUGGGAGUCCAUUGCUAGGGAAGAGCCUACUUGGGAAAAAUGAAGAAGUGUUAUUCUGUGUGUGGAAUGUGUCUAGUGAUGAUUCAGCAUAGCCACUUAGUCAGCCACCCACUCACUAUGCAAUAGAAAUUUCUCCCCUGCCUUAUCAGGUAUUACAAGGCCAGGUAGGGACCAUAAAUUUCAUUCUGGGAAGAGGGGAGCAUGAGGAAAGUACGUGAGCUGGUGGGGAGGGAGACUUAGAAGAAAGAGAACAGAUUUAAAGAUAUAUUUCUAGAAUCAUCAAACUUGACAGAUAAGAAAGAUCAUCCUAAAGCCUUUGGUCAACAGAUGACGUCAAAGCGUCUUCCUCAAGAUGAACAGCAGAAGCAAAAAUAAGAGAGAGAUAGCUUAAAUCUAAAAGUAAAGAAUGAAGAAGACACAGUGGAUAGAGCACCAGGCUUAGAGAUGAUAUAUCCUGGAUUCAAAUCUAGUCUCAAGACACUUUCUAACUUUGUGACCUUUUAACCCCAAUUACCUAAACUUUCUCUUUCUGUCUUAGGAUCCAUACUUAGUAUUGAUUCUAAAUCAGAAAGCAAGGUUUUAAAAAAAGAGAAUGAAGAAAAAACACCACAGUACAUGAAAGUUAAAUGACUUGGCUGUGAUGAGACCUAUGCUCUCAUGUUUGCCCUGUUGGGAGCCAUGCCCAAGGUACAAAACCGAGCAUCUUUAAGGUUUCACAUGCUAGGUCUCACAGAAAUUAAAAGUGUUUUGUUAUGGUCUUUUCUGUAGCUUGUUGUUACGGACAAAAGAGUGGUUGCCAUAAACUGUGACCGCGAAAAUAUGGUUUCAAGACUUUGAAUAGCCAAAACUGUAAAGAGAAUUUUUAGUGUCUUGGUUUUAUAUUAAAAAUAAAGUGGUCACCAUGGGAAAAAUUCCCAAAUAUGAAAUACCCAA